CGCCCUUUAAAACCCCAGCGAUCUCACUCUCUCUCUCUCUCUCUCUCUAGAUCUGACACCAAUUAGGGGUUUUCCCUUCUCCCAGCGCAUCUCGCUCUCGUUUUUCUGGGUCUCUGCGGUCGCGUUGGAGGGGUGGAGCCAUGAAUAUUUUCAAGAAGAAAACCUCCGCCAAAGAUGCUCUCAGGACGAGCAAAAGAGAAAUGUCAGUGGCCACAAGAGGUGUUGAACGGGAGAUUGCAGCCCUGCAAAUGGAGGAGAAAAAGCUGGUGGCAGAGAUAAAGAAGACUGCAAAAACUGGAAAUGAGCCUGCAACUCGGAUCUUAGCUCGUCAACUUAUUCGUCUGAGGCAGCAGAUCACUAAUUUACAGGGAACACGUGCACAAAUAAGAGGUGUAGCAACUCACACACAGGCAAUGUAUGCAAGUACCUCAAUUUCUGCUGGCAUGAAAGGUGCAAGUAAAGCAAUGGCAGCCAUGAACAAGCAAAUGGAACCAGCAAAACAGGCAAAAGUGAUGAAAGAAUUCCAGAAGCAAUCAGCCCAAAUGGACAUGACGAUUGAGAUGAUGUCAGAGGCUAUAGAUGAAACUUUGGAUAAAGAUGAGGCAGAAGAGGAAACGGAAGAGCUCACUAAUCAGGUGCUUGAUGAAAUCGGUGUUGAUGUUGCCUCACAGUUAUCUUCAGCUCCUAAAGGCCGGAUUGCAAUGAACAAUAAGAAAGUGGACAAUGCUGCAAGAGCUCAUACAAAUCCAGUGAACCCUGAAGUUGAUGAUCUGGAGAAGAGGUUGGCAUCCCUGCGGCGCAUCUGAUUAGGCUAAAAGGGAAUAUAUGCCUUCGUAUGUAAACUGGUUACCAUGAAAGGCUUCCUAUUAUUGUUGAUAAAAGCUCUGGCUAUAAGUAUUCUUUUAGUUAAUCCUAGAGUAUAUGUACCAAAGAUAUGAACCUUCUCAUCUUUCCUAAUUGCUACUAGUAGAUUUGGAACUCUGAACUUGGAACACAUGUGGAGCCAUGAAUACAGUUACCUACUCUUGUUGCUCUUACAUGUUCAUGCAAUACAUAAAAAAAAAACAGUGGGAAAAUUCAUA